UGUAGGACGAAUCUGACGGCCUUUGCAUCUCAGAGCAUGAUGGCAACGGUUGCGCAAACCAAACUCUCAUUUCCUGUGGAGCAGGUUUGUGCGACAAUGCAAGCGCUGUCAAGUCGCUGCCGUUAUUCAUGUCUUGCACCUUUUCAGGAUCGCCUACUGGGUGGCCGACUGGAUUCGGGGAAGCAAUGAAGAGCGAGGGGAGUCAGGCCAUAUCGCAGUGCUUAUUAAACAUUGCGCAAUGUCCUAUGCUUCACCUUGAAAACAUUCCAGUACCUCGAGGAGUCUGGCUGUGACUCGCACUUUGACCCGAAAAUGCCUGCUAAACACCCUGCUGCUUGCAAGAAGCUGCUCAUCAUUGGAGCAACGGGAUUGAUCGGUAAAUACAUCACGCUGGCACUUGUGCAGAGCAAGUCUAAGUUUGACCGGAUUGCGAUCCUCACAUCCGCGGACACUGUACAAAAUAAGGUCCAGGAGAUCGAGGACUUGAAGAAAGAAGGAGUCGACAUCAUCGUAGGAGAUGUCACAAAUUUCAAGGACGUCGUUGACGCCUAUCGAGAUAUCGACACUGUCAUUUCAGCCGUUGGGAGGAACGUUAUCGAGCACCAGGUCGAGCUCAUCCGGCUCGCAAACGAUAGCGACACUGUUCACAGAUUCUUUCCCUCCGAGUACGGCACAGAUAUUGAGUAUUCGCCAGCAUCGGCAAACGAGAAACCUCACCAGAAGAAGCUCAUUGUUCGUGCCGCAAUGAAAUCAUGCGACAACCUAGAUUACACCUACGUGGUUACCGGUCCAUACGCUGAUCUCUGUCUCGGUCCGAUGAUGGGUCAACUGGGAAGCUUUGAUGUGAUAAAGAAGGAAGCUGUUUUGUUGGAUGAUGGUAAUCUCAAGACGAGCUACACGACCAUGCGCGAUGUCGGAAAUUUGGUAACGCUUGCUGCUCUUCACCCAGAAGUCAGCCGGAACAAGGCAUUGAAAGUCAAUUCAUUCACGGCAACGGAUAUGGAGAUCCUUCAGGAGUUCGAAGAACAAACCGGUAACAAGUGGAAGAUUUCAUAUACGAGCAUGGGCCAGUUGAAAAAGAUCGAACAGGAAGCAUGGAGCAAUGGAGCACCCAUGGCCACGGGAGCCACCUUGCGCAGGAUUUGGGCAGAGGGUGGAACUCUGUAUGAGAAGCGUGACAACGACCUGAUUGAAGCUGAGAAUGUGGUGGAUACAUUAGAGGAUGCUGUUGCUGAGGCCAUCAAGCAGCAGACAAAGUCAAUGAUGUGAGAACCGUAACUGCUCCAGUAUGAAAGUCGACGGCCCGUGGGGCCUUUGGGACAAGCCUGUUGUGCCUUGAAUUCUUAAUGGGAGGAAAUCAUGCAUAACCCUACGUAGGUACCUAAAUUGCAUUCAAAG